UAUCAUUAAGAUAUAUUGUAAGUAAUGGCAUAUAAUUCAACAAAUGAAGAAAAUCUUGUCCCAGCUUGGACGCCAGAUUUAUUCGGCCCUAUUUUUAAAAAAGAUAGUUUGACAUUAAAACAGGCAUUACAUUUACGUAAUGUAGACGAGCAGAUACAUCUUAUGGCAACUUUUGUUCCCGACGAAGUAAUCUACGACACUGAUUUGUCAGAGAAAAGUUUUCAAAGCUUUCGAGCUAUUUUAAUGUAUCUAAAUAUUUUUGGGUUUUCCACAUUAUUUAAGAAGUAUACUUAUGAUAAAAAUGGUGGAAGUCCAGCCUUAACUACAAUAUUAAAUAAGUACGUCGACAUCAUAGUUCAUGAAAUAUAUUGCAACGAGGGAGACAUACUGAAAUUUUCUGUAAAUAUAGCAGUUUCGGUCGGAGAUGUAACUUUCUCAGUGAUCGGUAAUAACGAAGCUCGACAUUUUAUAAUUUUUGGUUCGCCGAUUGAAGAACUAAAGCAAGCCAAUAAAGUUUCUCUAUCAAAUGAUUUAAUAUUAUCAUUGAGCGCGUGGCAGCAUUGUACGCCAAGUCAAUAUGAAUACGUCAUUAAAACUCCAAAUAAUAUCAAGAUAAUAAAAGUAUUAGAGCAACCAGACGUAAAAUUAACAUACAUGACACCGCCGAGUGUCUCCACUAUUUCGGAUAAAAUAUCUGUAAAGGGAAAAUCUAUAACAAAUUCUGUUAGACCAUCGUCACCUUAUAGAGCACGUUUAUCCAUUAAUGGGAAACUACUUUCUGAUGAAGAAAUCAUUGAUAUGAAAACUUCUACAGGUGAAAUAAAUGAUAUAAUCGAAAAACAUAUAUCGUUAAGACUUUUGACGGAGAUCAGACGAAUUACAGUAGUAUCUCUCGAUAUUAUUCCCGAUAAAUAUCCAGACAACGAAUUAAUUCUUUUGGUUGAUAAAUGUUUUCUACUUUUACACAGCAUAGUUACGCAAUACGCAGGUUGUAUUAACACGGUGAAUCUAUACGAAAGAAAUAUUCUCUUCUGUAUCGUAUUCGGAUUACGCGGAUGCGACGAUGACGAUCAGUUUAAAAUCGAUGAAUCUUGCAAAAAGGGGAUUACUUUUGCGAUGCAUGCAUUGCAAACAAUAAAAGGCAUUGUCGGUAUUCAAAGCGCAUUCGUGGGCGUUUCAACAGGAAUGGCUUAUUGCGGUGUGAUCGGACAUACCGCCAGAAAAUAUUACGCGAUUAUCGGACCGCCUGUUGAUAAAGUUAUGAAAAUAAUGAUCAUUUCUUAUGCUAAGGUUUCCUGUGAUUAUGACACUAUAAUACAUAGCCAUUUGAAAAAAUAUCAAUUUCGUUCUCGAGGCGUGAGAAUAUUUGGACUAUUGGAGAAAUUCCACGUCUAUGAAUAUCUCGGCGAUACGCCAAAAGAUUUGAGCGCAAUUGAAUCUCUGGAUUAUUGCUAUCCUAUUUUGGGUAGAGCACGAGAAUUGGAGUACUUUGAUAAUAUUUUGGAUGAGAUCGGAGUAACGGGUCGGAAUUAUUCUGGAUUGUUAAUUGAGGGUAAUGAGAGAUCAGGAAAAUCAAGACUUUUAGAUGCUUUCGUCGCGAGCGUUUGCAACAAACAAAUAAAACCAAUUAAACUAUCUCUUCACGUAACAUAUGGGGAGAAGGCUUAUUCAGUUAUACAUCAUAUUAUUCUACAAAUACUUGAAGCUGAAGAUUGUGAUACGGUCGAGGAGCGUGAAAAGAUUUUGCUUGUUAAAUUGGGCAGUUUUCUUCCUUUGAAAGAUUUUUGUUAUCUCAACGUUUUAAUGAGAGUUCACUUUCCUCUUUCCGACGCUUACUGCUUGGAUUCUGAUUGGCAACGUCACACAAAGACUAUUAAUAUCUUCCAAAUGAUGUUGAAGCAGUUGAAAAUUAAAAUCUGCAUUUUACUCGACGAUAUUCAGCACAUGGAUUACAUAUCUUGGCAAUUUCUAUCAUCGGCUCUUAAUAACGAUAAUAUUGUCACGGCGAUGACGAUGUUAAAGCCGAACUCGUGGGAAGAUCUGUCCCACGUGGAAGUAGAAAUCUACAAAGACAAAAGAUUGAUGAAACAUACAUUGCUCGGUCUGGAUGUAAAUUUACUGCCGAUAUUUGCAUGUCAAUUCUUGAACGUCUUUGCAAUACCCAGAAUAUUACAUAGGAUUUUACGGCGGCGCAAAGACGGCUCUAUCGGAUGGUGCGAAGCAUUGCUAACGUUGAUACUUCAGAGUAACAGUUUGGAUUUCAUCAGGAUAUCGCCUGGCGAAGCGGCACGAUAUGAUCUCAUUUUUAUGGAUACCACUCUGGUGACAAAAUUGCCAAUUGAUCUGACGCCCGAUGAACUUGCGCCACCUUUGCCCUGGUCGCAGAUGAGCGAAUUAGAUAUCUGUGUCACGAAUGAGAAUUACUUCGAGAUUGAAGAUAUAAAUCGCGAUAUGAGAGGCACAUCUUAUGUUGUUUUUAUAGAAUUAAUGGGCGAGAUCUACAAUAGAAUGAAUCCGUACGAGCAUAGUUUUAUUAUGUGCGCUGCUACGCUCGGCAAAGUAUUUAAACGAAGCAUGUUAGAAAAUGUAAUGCCGAGUUCAAUUCCACCGCAUACUGUCACCGCCGUUUCUGAGAUGAUUCGAAUGCGAAUAUUGGAGUGCGCUUCGCUUCAACGACGAGAUUUCCACACCGAAGAUCUUAUCUUCUGUAUAGACAAGAAGCGGAGAACGUUUUCUGAUAUGCAUCACUUGUUGUCUUGCCAUUGUCAUCAUUCACGAUCUGUCAUCUUAUCUUCUCCUCUUUAUGCACACUGUAAAAUGCUAGAGUUCAAAGUCGACUUAUUUCGCAGUAUAAUGUAUGAUAUGCAAUCGAAUGAAGAAAGGCAAGAGCAUCACGCGAGAGCAGCCAAAAUAUACGGUUUGGACGCACAAAAGUGCAAUUUUUGUGGCAAAGGUCAUUUUCUGCAUGUUCCCAGCAAAGAAAAAUUCACCGAGGAAGAAAGUCCAACAGAUUCGCCUAGAGUUUCGCUGGUUCGUCAUCGAACCUUAAUUGAAGAUCGAAAUAAUAGAUGGAUGUUAGCAAAACCAAGUAUACUUCCUAUGAGAUUGUCGAAGAGGGAAGAGAGCGUCAAUAUACGCAGAAUAUCUAUCCUGCCGACGUAUCUCGAUGACGAAGAAGAAAAAGCUUCUAGAGACGAAGGAAGAACUAAAGAAGGUUUAACAAAUAACUCACUAAAGUUUUGGAAACGAUCUACAAGUGUCGCUCCAGAAAUAACGAAAGAUCCUUUUUCAAGUUGUUUGGAAGAAUUUAGUCACAUCGAUUAUCGUAAUUGUCAAUGCGACAGUGUUAUCAGUCAUCUUUUCUGGAGGUUGCAUCGACACAUUGAAAAUUGUGGAGAAAUCGAAGUGCUUGAUUUCUUUAUGGAAUACAGUGCUGGACUGAUACAAACUGCGCAACCACUUUAUGCCAUUAAAUUGCUUUCGAGUGCUACUGAAAGAAAUGAGGCUAUCGAGAUAGCCGAAUGGACAGAUGACAUCGCAAAAAAAAAUAUCACGAAUAAGGGAAUUAUUCUAGCUUUAAUGGGUGACGCACAUAGCGCAUUGGGAAAUUAUGAUCAGGCUAAGAAAUAUUAUACAACGGCAAUAGACAAUAAAUUGAAAGCGGCACAGACUUAUGCCUUGAAAAGUUUCAAGCUGGCUUUUUCAAACAUUGAUAAUUUUCUGGAGAAAGGCGAAAUAUAUCUCGUAACAGUUCAAGUUUUGCAUCGCACAAAAAAUAUCGAAUUAAUACAAUAUAUUGAGAGACCAAUGCUCGCCGUAAUAAAAGCAAAGAUUAGUUGGAAUAAUGUCGAAGAAAUAACGAUGAUGGCAAAGAUUUAUUUAAUGAUGUAUCAAGUUAGAGCACUAAGAGGUGAAUUGGAAGAAGCUAUAAAUAUUGGUAUAAAGGUUUUAAAAAUCUCUGCAACAUUGCAUCUUAAUAAAUUGAUUCAAAGCAUUAUACAAAACAAGCGUAUCAACGAAGCCGUCGAUUUAAUGCGAGAGCUAUAUUUUUUAGCAGAGGAAGAUGUAGACUUGUCCGACAAAACAUGGUAUUACGCUCUUUCCUUAGAAUUCAUAUUGGAUGCAGGAGUUGUACUAGAUUCGUACGAAACGUUUCAUAACUAUUAUGAGAAAUGUGUAGAUAAUGAUUACGUAGCAGAUCAAGACAGAUCGAAAUUUUGUGUAUGGCGCGAUCCGCAAAGCUUGUCCCGUUUAUUGACAUGCCUGUGGCUAUACCAGCUUAGAAUGGGACACACGAUUAAUGACGCAUUUACGUGUAGCGCGGAAGAACUCAUAAAGGAUGUCAGUUACGAUGAUUUUUCCCGAAUUUUCACUUGUAUUAAGGGACUUGAAUGUUAUCUAUUGAUGCUGCUCCGUUGCAUCAAUAUGAAGCAAUCUGAGAAGCUGUUGGAUCUGAUUCAAGAUAUUUCCAAAAUUAUCAAAUGCCUCGGGAACGUUUCCAAGCACGCGAUAGUCAUAAAGCCGUGUUUGUAUUUAUUGAUGGCAUACCUGAAUGUUCUUCGAGGUCGCAAAUCGACCACGCGAUUUUAUCUGCACAAAGCACAAAAAUUUGCAGUUUCACAAGGAAAUAAAUUGAUCGAAGCAUGGAUUAUGCAAAAUAGAAGGACGUGGAAAGAGAAGAUUUAUAAUAAUAUGGCGCGAUAUUGGGUAGAAUAUGCUGGAUCGACAGAUAUGGUGUCCUGGCAGUACAUUCACCAUUUUAACAUUAGCACUUGGUCCACUAUUCUCUAUCCUUUACCGAUACCUGAUUUACAUUUAUAACA